AUGCCAGAACGGGGACCAAACGCGGGCCAACCUGGUCGCAGGCCAGAAGCACCACUGUCAACACCUCCGCUCAAGAGACGCCGCCGGCCCCCCCUUGCAUGCUUUCAAUGUAGAAGGAGGAAGGUCAAGUGCGAUCAGGAGAGACCCUGCAAUAACUGUAUCAAGGCUAAAAUUCCCGACUGCAACUUCCCGCCUUCGGAAAUUCCUGGAUCCCUGGACCACGGUCCCGAUCUUCCGACACCGCAGACUCAGGCGGAUUCAAUAUCCUGUGAUUCGCCGUCUUCGCAAGACCCUUCAGCAUUUCCGGGGCAAAGACACGUGGACAUAUUCCCGGAAGUAGAAUCGGCGAUAAAUGUUCAGAGCACAUCAUCUCCUGCUUUGCCAAGAGACCUGAACAUUGGAAUACGAUCCCGCCAUGUUUCGCAGUCACCACACGGUGAUCCGCUGCUUCAGAGGAUAAAGGAAUUGGAGGAAAUCGUGAAACAGCUAUCCAAUGAACGGGCCUCGACACAUCACGCGCCCCAUACCCAGAACCAGGCUGCAGCUGGCAGCUGUGCGGGCUCAGGAGUCAGGUUUGGUGCCCAGAGCGCUUGGAUCAACGGCACCAGCUUAUAUUCAAACAUACUCCGGCCACUUGCGAAGGCGCAGUCCGAAAGGUCCCAGCUCCAUCAAGUGACCAGCAACUUCAAGUCCUUCCGCAGACAGAUCGACCAGUAUUUUGCAGUCCCCAUCACGCCGAUAGCCACCGGGACGAGAAUACCGGACAAACCGUUGGCCGAUUGUUUUCUUGAGAACUAUUUUGACCACUUUGAGGGGUGGCUACGGGUUCUUCACGUGCCUAGUUUCCGUUCCGAGUAUGUAAAGUUUUGGCAGCAACGGGACACGGUCAAUCAGAUUUUUGUCCUGCAGCUUCAGCUUUGCAUGGCCUUGGGGAUUACUGCGCAUCCAGAAUGUCUCGUCUGGAAAAAUGCCGCAAACCAAUGGAUACUGGAAGGCCACAGGUGGCUCCAGGAUUCGUUUGAAAGGGCGAAGAAGAAGCCCUCCUUUGAGGAAGUACAGCUAGCCUGUCUCGUCCUAAUUGCUGAAGCCAACGCGUCCGAAAACGAUCAGAUGCACCAAUGCUGGGUAUCAGUUGGUCAACUUGUGAGACGGUCAAUGUACCUGGGACUUCACCGCGAACCUCGACAUGUCCUGCCAACUCCUUCCAUCAUUCAGGCAGAGAUGCGCCGGCGGCUAUGGACGACUGUUCUUGAGUUGAAUCUCAUGUUGUCCCUCCAAGCCGGCCAAACAACCUUGGUCUCUCCUUCAGAUUACGAUAUUCGUCCCCCAUCCAAUAUGACGGAUGAGGAGCUCACAAAUGAGCCCGAUGACACUAAAGUGAUAGAAUCCAGUGCAAGGAAGCAGACUCGAACAACUCCCCAACUGGCUCUGUUCGAAUCGUUCCAACUUCGCUCCGAACUCGUCAACAAAUUGAAUGGCAUUGGCCAAACGAUAUCAUAUGAUGAGGUUCUUCGUUUUCACACAGAUCUGAGCAAAGCCAAAGGAAGAAUGCAACGAACUUUCAGGGCUGGCUACACAGCUACCGCCCCGACGAACUCCGCGCAUAAUUCAAUCGCGAAUAUCAUCAUCUCUCGGUACCUUUUAGCCCUUCAUCUCCCUGUAUUGGGACAUUCAAUCAGAAACCCGACCUUUCAUUAUUCUCGGAGGUUUUGCAUCACAGCCUCGAUUGAAAUGGUCAAGGUCAGUGGAAUGCUAGAGAGUAGCUGUGGAGGUGAUCCGGCUGCAGCUCCCACCCUCAAGAGACUCUUCGUCAACAGCCCAGGUCUUUUUCGCCAUAUCGCGAUCCAAGCUAUAUUCGCCAUUUCAUUAGAGCUCAUAACUUCGCAAGAGGAGGAACUGGAAAACCCUGGGGCUUUCCCAGUCUGGGAUACCGACGAGUUGUUUCGAUCUCUCCAGGCGGCUGAGGCGUGGUGCGCAGAUCGAUUACAGGCUGGAAUCUCCGACCACCUAGGCUACUGUUUCGUCGGUGCUUGUUUGGCAUACGCUCAUUCUCUUCAAGCUCAGGGACCGGAAACUGAUCUUGGUCAGGUCGUUGUCCAAGCGGCAUUGAGGAACGUCGAAAACUGUUCGAGGAUUAUGCGAGAGGUUGCUGAGAAACUGGGUGUGCCGGUCAGCCAGGGCACUUCAAUUACUUCUGGGGCUGGAAACAUCUCUGCCUCGUUGCCAGACGUAAUGGACAUGACUAUGGAUCUAACAAGUGGCUUUUUUGGUGUUGGUAUGGAUGGUUUUGCGUUUGAUUGGACUUAUCCUUUAGACAUUGGACUGGAGCCAACUUGGGGGCUUAACACUGUUUCUAACACUUUGUGA